AUGACAACGUUGGAGGAUAAGGAUGAUGAUGUUCAGGACUGGGAAUAUGUCAAACAGGGAAUUGCUCUUUGGCUCAACAACCAACCGAAGGCGGCAGAGGAGAGUUUCAGCAAUCGCAAGUCAAGUAUUCACAUCGUGGCAGGGCACACAUUCAUUUCGUUCAUGAACGCUGUUAUAUCCUGGGAAACGGACAAAAUGAGUGAAGCACAAACCAUGUUGCGAGAGCUGGAGAAAAAGUGUGCAGUUGACAUCGGCUGGCUUAAAACGAUGCGAACAAAACUGUUCGGUAGCUACGAACAGCCGAAAUCGCUGGCAGCAUCGCUCGAGGAGCAGAUAAUUUUGGCCGAUACCCAAUUGUGCCUCGCCAUACUGGUGUCCCUGAGCCAAGACAUUGGCGGCUUCGUCAAGGGCGGCUGGCUUCUACGGAAAGCGUGGAAGGUCUACCAACACACCUACAGUCAGAUAUAUCAGCUGUAUAGCAAAACGAUUUCAUGCGAGGGCAUACCACAGGCGCCACUCAAGUACAACCUCCGUGCCGCGGAGUCAACGGUUGAACUGGGAACGCCGGGACCUGUUGAUUGGACAGUGCCCAAUUCAACGAUUCAAUCUCCCGAUACGGUUGACGCUAAACAAAUCCGUCUUACAUUAUGUUGUUCAUCCACUGAGGAAUUGCAUCGAGAGUCCGUCACAGUAGCUGAUUCUAUAGAAGAUCAACAAACUUCGGGGCAAGGAUGUGACGAAACAAGUAGUACCAGUACCGGUACAGGAAGUUGUGCCAGCGUAAGAAAAAGUUAUACUACGCAUUUCGAAGGGAUUGGCCUUGGAGCCGAUUCCGAACCAAGUGCCUCAAAUGUCGCUGCUGUCGAGCCGAUUGCUGUGAAGGUCGAUGCCAAUUACAAUCAACAGAGCCGAAAUAGAUUGCGAUUGAACAUUUCAGAUGCUAAUAGAAAACUCAAUGGACGAAACGGUUUAAAUGGGCUGAAAGUACGUCUUCCACCAGAACCGGCGAAUCACGACAGCAGCGGAAGCAGCAGUAGUUUCAAUGACAACAGGCAUAUUGACCCGGAAGACGUCCGUCGACUGAUGGGUGCCGUCAGCUUCGGGUACGGUGUAUUUCAGCUUAGCAUUUCUCUGCUUCCACCCAGCUUGCUAAAGCUGAUUAGUUUCCUGGGUUUCGAAGGCGAUCGCUCGAUGGGAAUAGCUUGUCUGAUGCAUUCCAGAACCAGUGUGGACAUGAGGGCGCCUCUCUCCACGCUGGCAUUGCUUUGGUACUUCACCAUAGUGACGCCGUUUUUUGCCACUGAUGGUUCUAAUUUGAAGCAUGAAAUUCGUUCGGCUCAGGAAUUGAUUGAGGAAGCCUGUCCUCAAUUUGGAAAAUCUUCUCUUUUCUUGUUUUUUAGAGGUCGUGUCGAAAGACUCAAAUCUAACAUUAGGGAAGCUAUACAAGCUUAUGAAUUCGCUUAUCGAACGUCGCCGCAACGUGAGAUUAAGCUGCUCUGUCUGCACGAAAUCGGCUGGUGUAGACUUAUAGAACUAGACUAUGGGCCAGCCAUGAAAAACUUCAAAGAAUUACGUCGCAGCAGCCAGUUUUCCAAGAGCUUUUACUCAUAUUUGACUGCAAUAUGUCAGGGUUCCCAUGGAUACUUUGACGAACUCGUCAAAUGGCGAUCGGAAAUUUCCGACUUGCUCAAUCGAUCUUGCCAGAAAGAGUCCCAAAUAGAAAAGUACAUUUUUCGGCGAUGUCAGAAAAUCCCGUCGUCGGUGGCCGAAGAAGAAAAAUAUGACUGUUACUAUUGGCGCCUGUUAGUCUAUGAAAUGUUAUUCAUGUGGAAUGCACUGAAUAGCUGUAGUGAAAACAAUUUAACUACCAUAAUAGAAGAUUGCCGUCGACCGAUGGCAAUACAGAACGAACCCUCGCUUGGACUUGGCCGGCUAAUCCUUGCAGCAUCUUUUGUAUGUACGAAGCAGUACGAGAAAGCCGUCGAUGCGUACCGGGAAUGCAUUGUUGCUCGUGAAAGUGAACUACUACACGAUGUUCACAUAUCUGCCUUCGCACAUUAUGAACUUGCUGUACUGUUGCUCCGAAAGCAAGAACCGGAAGCGACGGCAGAGGCGAAGCAGCUACUCCUUCUUGCUCAGCAGAACUAUCGCGGAUUUGAUUUCGAAAAUAGGAUUUCCGUCCGUAUACAUUCUCUGUUAAAAAAGCUUAAUUGA